GAAAACUCAUUUUUGUGUCAUUCUCAAAACUUUUGGCCACGACUGUAUGAUUGAAACAGAGUACAAGGCUGGGAUGGGGAUUGAAACCAUAACUCGCAUAGAAACAAGACAAUUAACACCAUCUCCUGGCCACUAAGUGAUACUGCACACACCGUAUGUUGAUUGGCAAUCCACCCCUUUUCCAGCCUUAAAAUAAAUAUAAGUAAAUUCAAAAAUCUUAUCUUUAUGUAUUCAUAUGAUAUAUGUGUGCUCGCCCCUGUCCCUGCAUAUGGUAAGUGUCCUUCCCCAGAGUCCUUUUCCUGCCCUCUGUGUGGAGACGGUUGUAAUGAGAGUCAUGCGGGCCAUCUGUCUGUGGCAAGAAAAGGCCUAGUUUAUUCCCUCAGACCAGCUCUAUGGGUUGAGAUAGGGCUGUGUCUGUCUUGGGAGCCCAGCCCCUCAGGUUUCUUAGUUGCUAAGGGAGGAGGGUAAUGUCCACUGCACAACCCCAGGACACUGCUACUGUGCAAGGAGGGAAAUGAACACCACUCCUACGGACAUCCAGAUGUUGUGGAGCUAACUGUUCAUCAACUCAUCAAUGUUUGUGUCCCUUCUUAUGCAGUGUGACAGGGUCUAACUCUGAAAGUAAGAGGGGUCUGGGGCGUACCUUGGAGAGCUCCAUCCAUGAGCUCUGAACACCAUGACCUUUCAGAAGUCUUCGUCGACCUCUAGCAUAUUCCACAUGCUCAUAUUAUGGUUUGUCAUUGUCCUGUUUUGCACUGAUGGUUUGACAGCCGGGAUGGGGACGACACCUAACCUGAAACACAUUGUGAUUGGUCGAUGUUACAGCUACAUAACACUAGUUUGGCCUAAUUCCAGCUAUGACUGUGAGGAGAUCUGGAGGGAGUUUGAGGAGGCUGUAAUGAGGAAGUCUCGCUGUAAUGUGAAGGUUAAGGACUACAAAAGGAUGUUCCAUGCCACACCACAGACUCUGACAUGUGGUAAGUUGCUGUUCUGGAGUAAGACCAGGGAGCUGAUACACAGCUAUGCAGCUGUAACACGUCGUUUCUGGACCCUGGAGGACACGCUGGUGGGAUACAUGUUCAAUGACCUCAUCUGGUGCGGACAGGAAGAGAAAGACAGAGGCUUUGAUUUCAACUCUUGCCCAGACUGGUCAACGUGUGUUCACCAUCCUGUCUAUUCCUUGUGGAGACAAGCCUCACAAAACUUUGCUGCAGCGGCAUGUGGCAACAUCACAGUGCUGCUCAAUGGAUCCAUAGAGAAUGCUUUCAACAGGAAAAGCAUGUUUGGGGGUGUGGAGCUGGACAGCCUGAACCCCAGAAUGGUGGAUCAUGUCAACAUCAAGGUGGUGGCCAACCUGGAGGGACCCUUCAUAGAAUCCUGCACUCAGGGUUCCAUUGUGGAUUUGAUCAAUGUCCUACAGACCAGAGGGUUCCGCUGGACCUGCACAGACAGUGACCUAACUCUGAUGAUCCUCCAGUGCAUCCAGAACCCUCAACAGUUCUCCUGCCUGCCCUGUGCUAACAGCCUACUGCACAGACAGAGGCCACAUCUAUAGAUGGGUUACAUCCACCCUAAAAAUAUUACCCCCAUAGUAGGCUGUCACUUUUCAGUGCUUUAUACUCUAUCCACGUUGUCUUUAGACAUACACACAUUUUGCUGUUUGUUUACUAUGUCUGUUGAUUUUAACUGAAAUAAAGACAGAUUCAUUAUAUUUAUG